AGCUUUCGAUUGGGUCGGUCACCCGAAUAACAGUGUGAAAAAUGAGUGUUCUAUUAUCAAGUUUCAUAUUUGUUAUAAAAAUAGGAAUCAUUUUUGCGGAACUUCCGCCGAUACAAAAAUGUAAAAUAUCGGAUUCCGCAUGUUUGAAGACAUCUGCACAGUCUGUAAUUCCGGCAAUGGCAGCCGGCGUACCGGAAAUGAAUAUGGAACCAUUAGAUAUAAUGGAUAUAGAUACAAUUAAAGUGGACCUUGCGGGACUCAAGUUGGGUAUUAAGGAUGCGCACAUAAAAGGACUCAAGAGGGCAGUCAUCGAUAAGCUGAGCAUCGACUUGGCUAAGAAGCAAAUGACACUUAUAUUCCAUUCGGAUAUCGUAAUGAAUGGACUUUACAAAGCAUCAGGAAGGCUUCUUAUUUUACCUAUAAGUGGCGAUGGACAGACUACAAUAAAAUUAAAAAAUCUUCUCAUAGAAAUGACAAUGCCAUUUGAAGUAAAAAAGAAUUCGGAAGGCAAGGACUUUAUUGACCUCAAGAGUUACAAAUACAAAUACGACGUAAAAACCAACGCGAAUUUUCAUCUAACUAAUUUAUUCAACGGAAACAAACAGCUGAGCGACACAAUGCACAAAUUCAUGAAUGAAAACUGGAAAAUUCUAGCGCAGGAAUUUGGGACACCUAUGCUUGAUAAACCAAACGCUAAAAUAUUUAACGUCAUUAAAUCCUAUUUUAGGACUCAUCCGCUGGAAGAGAUAGUGGAGCUGUGAUAAAAAAAUAAUGUUUCAUUACAUUGUUCGUACUAUUUUAAGUUGAAUAUAAUUUUAUACCAUUGUAGUAUUUUAGGUUAAAAUAAUAUAGAUAUAGACAGCUACUACUAAAGACUGAAUCUGAAUAUGAAGGUAUAACAUUAAUUUUAUGUAAUUGGUACAUUGUUACUGAAAUUUCUAUUUUAUAAUAUUUUGUAUUAUUAAUACAUAAGUAAAGUCUUUUACCAAAUAUGUAAGUCCUAAUGGGUAUACCAAACCGAAAAUUAAUAUAUUAUGGACACUAAUAAAUUUGUACAUCUUAUCACAAGAAUCUUAGUAGAAA